AUGCCCCGCUAUGAUUUAAUUUGCUCACGUUGGAAACGACAGGCGCUGGUCUAUCUUGGGUUAGCGAGUGAAACAAAUCUUUGAUAGGGACGUCCCAAGGAUCCCGGAUAGCUUGGACCAUAAUGAUACAGCAGUGCACAGCUGAUAGAUGUUAGCCAGCCAGUGUAAAAAUGUUAACAAGCUAGCUGUCACAAAUUUGUCCAAGUUACACCGUUUCUGUGAGGAGACUGCUACAAACAAGUAAAUGAUCCGGCCAACAAUGGAGCAGAUACACGGCUUGUCGUUGUUUUUUGUAUUCUUCCCGAACCAUCGUUUUGGUUAAAUGUCAAUGUCAUCUCAUACAGCUAGCUAGCUAAAUAGCUAACUAAGGCCAGGGAGAGCUUGCUGGUGGCUACGUUGCCCAACAGUGGGAGGAGAGGUGUGUGACUGACUCCUUGACUGCUGGCUCCUCUGGCAUUUCACCACCACCAACAGAGCCAUGACUACAUCAGGCUGCUGCCACCUGCCUGGCUCCCUGUGUGACUACUCAGGCAGCGCCGACCUGCCCAAGGUGGUAGAGGAGCCAGAUGCUGGCCAGGCCCAGUACGUCGCUAAGGUUACGGCCAAAGAUGGUCGCUCACUCUCCACUGUUGUCAAAGCUGUGGGCUCACAGAGUAAUGAAGGCAUGUGUCGUAUCUGCCACGAGGGGGCCGGUGGUGAGACGCUGCUCUCCCCUUGCGACUGCACAGGGACCCUGGGUAAGGUGCACAAGAGCUGCCUGGAGAAGUGGCUGUCGUCCUCCAACACCAGUUACUGUGAGCUCUGCCACACAGAGUUCACUGUUGAACGGCGACCCCAGCCCCUCACACAGUGGUUGCGGGACCCGGGGCCUCGCAGUGAGAAGCGCACGCUGCUGUGCGACAUGGCCUGCUUCCUGCUCAUCACGCCACUGGCGGCCAUCUCAGGCUGGCUGUGUCUGAGGGGAGCCCAGGACCACCUGACCCUCAACAGCCGGUUGGAGGCCGUGGGACUCAUUGCCCUCACCAUCGCCCUCUUCACCAUCUACAUCCUCUGGACACUGUUUCAGGGAGCAGAGCUUGGACUGGGCUGAGCGGGAGCUGCCCUCCUGUAGGAGUGGGAGACCUAAGGUGGCAGGACGGCAUGCUUGGGUUGGGGUGUAGGAUUUGAGCGUAGUCUGAAGGUAGGGACGGGCAGUUCCUCUUGCUGUUCCGUAGGUAAGUACCAUGGUCACACAGAACACACACACCUCAUGGAUUACUUUACACCACCUUUGUUAAUUGACAGCAUUUUUUUUGCAGUAUAAAUGUGUGCUUUACAAUAGCUAUUAAUACAUUUUGUAAGACGAAUAAUACAUUUUUUUAUUUUUUUUUCUUGUCUGGAAUUCUGUACCCUUCCCAUUUUAUAUUCAGGGGAGACAAGUAAUGAGCCAACAUAAAUAUUUUUUGUCUGCAACAAUCUUUUGUCUCUUCUCUGGAAAGACUACUGUACUCUGAAAAAAUACUUAGUUACAAAAUCAGCAACUGAAGCGGAACCAUUUUGUAGACCAAAUACAAAUGUCAUGCAAUAUGUUUCACGUUUUGUUUUGAGCACGGUUGGGGUCAAUUCCAUUUUAAUUCCAGUCAAUUCAGGAAGUACACUGAAAUUCCAAGUAUCUUCAAUGCUUUUCAAUUAGGAAGAAUUGGACAUGGGUUUGCUCUCUGAAUUGAAAGGGAAUUGAUACCUGGUUGUGCGUGCCUGCAAUAGCAACCAUAUAUUCAGAGAUUCUGCUCUGUGCAGGUCAUAUCAAAUGUCUAGUUUCAUUGACGUCUGUCUUCGUGCCCCUCAGGUAUCGUUCCGCUAUCACUGUCAGUUAUACUCCGAGUGGAGGAGGACCAAUCAGAAAGUGCGCCUGCUAAUGCCCGACAUAAAAGGAGUGCACUCCACUCAACAUUCCGUGCCGACGAAGUCAACCAAGAAAAUGACUGACGAGACCAUCGUAUGAGCACAGAGCGACGUGUUCUCGCAAAUAAAGUGUUACAUAACUCGAACUUCUGCGCUCUUAAGGACCAUUCUGGGGGAUUCUUUUUCCAUAUUCACUUUUGAAGCACUUGAGCCCAUUUAAGCACUAUAACCAUUUUGAUUUGGGGAUUUUUUGGACUCGUAGAAGGACGUGUCACUGAUGUCAUCGCCGGAUUAUGAACACUGGACUGGAGCAUAAGGUGACAGCCAAUAGCGGAUACUGAUGCAGCAUGUUAAUACAGUAACAUACUACCUACCCCCCCCCCCCCCCCCCCCCGUCACAAUGUAUUUAGCUUUUUUUGGACAACUGCCAUCCAAUAGACUCGUGAAUUUACUCAGAACAACCAUGUGAACGACCAUGUUUAAAUAUGAAGUUCUCUGUUUAAGAAAAAAUCUUUUCCCUUUUUGAAGCUGGUAGAAGUUGGGAGGAGAGAGUGGGCUUUGGUGUCAGUCAAUGUAUGCAAAAGUAUUUGAUGUAAUUUUAGUCUUCCUGUUGGACUCCUUUUGAGUAAGCUGGGUCAUUGUGGAAUAAAAUAUAAGGGACUCUUGUCACCGUGCAAUGGC